CAAUAAUGAAUUUCCAAAUGAGUUAAAAAAAUGCUCGAAAAUAGUAGUUAUCGAUCUUCAUUGUUCGUCGAAUUAUAUUAUAAUUCUCGCCAGCAGUCAGAUUUAAAAGAUUGUUGCGUAGUGACCUUGCUUGAGGAGGUUGUUCAAUUCAAUCUGGCAAGUGUAGGUGUCCGGCUUGCCUGCAAUCGUCUUUUCACUCUAAGUUACUCAGGGUCUUGUCGUACGAAGUUUGCACCAAAAAUCCAUCCCUACAUACUCAGAUAUACUUUUUAUUCCAUGCCGCAGAAAUCAAUCUUAUCAUUCUUUUCCGGGAGUGAGAAAAAAGAAACUGAGAAAACAAAUAAGGAAAAGAUGAUUAGUUCAAAACAACCUGACAAUACUUCACAUAAAAGCAUAAAGCGCAGACGAAUCAUUGUCGAAAGUGAUGAUUCAUUAACAGAAAUGCCCAAUAAAAGUAGUGAAUAUGUUCAUAACGAUAUUAAUUUUGAAGAAAGUGAUGCAGAAAUCCCUUCUAAAUUACCUGAUUUAGUACAUCAACCAAUAAGUAAUCCUACAAGUGAGGAUAAAUUGUUACAGAAUGUGACUGAUACAAGAACUAAAGACAAAUUCAAGGACUUAAGUGAGUCUAAUUUAGUCCGUUUUCAGUGUGCGAAAAUUGAAGCAGGCAAUAUUCUAAGCAGAUCAAAUGUUAAUGAAAAGUCGUCACGGAGUCCUGACAAACUAGUUACCCGUUACGACCCCAGCAAAACGGAUUAUCACCCUAUCCAUGAUUGCAACUGGCGAGAAGGUGAAAGUGUCCCUUAUUUGUCAUUGGCGAGAACAUUUGAGUGUAUUGAGGCCACAUCUGGCAGAAUAAAAAUAACAGAAAUGCUGUGCAAUUUUUUUCGCUCAGUCGGUUUGUUGUCUUCAUUUGAUUUGACAAGCUGCGUUUACCUAUGCCUCAACCAACUGGGACCCGCAUAUGAAGGGAUGGAACUAGGCGUGGGGGAGACAGUCCUAUUAAAGGCUUUGGCCGCAACUACAGGUGUUGGGAUUGAACAUAUGCGUUCGAGUUUGAAGCAACAUGGUGAUCUUGGGGUUGUCGCCGAAACUAUCAGAUCACGCCAGAAAAUCCUGUCAGCUCCGAAACCAUUGACCAUUUCUGUAGUAUUUUCUAAACUGAAAGAUAUUGCUUCAAUGUCUGGAAAUUCAGCUCAAAACAAAAAAGUGGAAAUUAUUCGCUCGCUUCUAGUGGCUUGUCGAGAAUCUGAAACUAAAUAUAUUAUACGUAGUUUAUCAGGAAAAUUGCGUAUUGGCUUAGCUGAACAAACGGUGCUCACAGCUCUUGGUCAGGCUGUGGCUAUGACGCCAUUUCAUUUUAAAGUCGGUGAUAAAAGCACGCGAGUAGUUAAUGCUUCUAAUGGUAUGUCUAAUGAGCACUGGAAAGUUACAAUGGAUACUGCAGUUGCAAAUGUUAAAAGGGCGUAUUGCGUUUGUCCAGACUACAGCCGUCUUAUAAAAGCUCUUUUAACAAGUAGUCAUGAAUCCCUGGAUCAAAUAUGCACAAUCACUCCAGGUAUUCCUCUAAAACCAAUGUUAGCUUCUCCUACACAUGGAAUAUACGAAAUUUUAAAGAGGUUUGAAGAAUGUGAUUUCACUUGUGAAUAUAAAUAUGAUGGUGAAAGGGCUCAAAUUCAUAUUCUCCCUUCAGGUGCCAGUCACGUGUAUUCACGUAAUCAAGAAGAUAAUACGACAAAAUAUCCUGAUAUCGUAAAUAAUCUGAUGUCUAGGGUUCUGCCAGAGUCUAAACUAACGCCUCAUGCAAUUGAGCUACUCAGUGAAAUUGUUAAAGAUAAUAAAAGACAAGUUCAAUCAAAUGGUAUAAUUGGAAACAAACUGGAGAGUUGUAUUAUCGACUCGGAAGUUGUAGCUUGGGAUCGUUUAGCUGGACAUAUUUUACCAUUCCAAGUUCUAUCAACGCGAAAGCGUAAAGAUGUAGAUGAAUCUACAUUGAAAGUACAAAUAUGCAUUUAUGUAUUCGAUAUACUUUUUAUAAAUGGUGUAUCUUUAAUUGAACAGCCAUUACGCAUACGUCGAGAAAUACUUCGAGAAGUAUUUCCGCGCAUUUCUGGAGAGUUCAUGAUGGCAACCUCUCUUGAUUCAUCUGAUACAGAUGAGAUCGCGACUUUUCUUGACGAAGCCAUCAAAGGUAAUUGUGAAGGGUUAAUGAUUAAAACACUGGAUCAUAAUUCUACCUACGAAAUCGCUAAAAGAUCCCAUAGCUGGUUAAAAUUGAAAAAAGACUAUCUAGAAGGUGUUGGUGAUACAUUGGAUUUAGUGGUGAUAGGUGGAUUUCAUGGAACUGGUAAACGUGCUGGUCGUUACGGUGGUUACUUGCUGGCAUGCUAUGACCCAGAUACAGAAGAAUACCAGACAAUAUGCAAAAUUGGUACAGGAAUGAAAGAUGAUGAAUUGGCUUCAUUUUCGGAGUUUUUCAAGAACCAUGUAACUGACAAAGCAAAACCUUAUUAUCAAUACACAAUUAGUUUAAUUCCAGACCAAUGGUUUGAGCCUGUUCAAGUUUGGGAAGUAAAGGCAGCCGAUUUGAGUAUAUCACCUGGACACAAAGCUGCUGCUGGUUUAGUAAGUUCUUUCCAUAGUUCAUAGGUAUUGUAAUCUUUAUCUUAAUUAAAAAGUCACUACGUGUCACACUUGCAUAUUUAAGACCAUCAAGUUGAGUAGUGAUGUGAUGAAGCAAUAAGUUUUACAGUAGUAUCUCCAUUAUCAGUAAAAUUGUUUGUCGAAUAAAUAAUCUCUAAACUUAUACAUGGCAUUGAACAUGCACUUGGCGUUUGUUAUCAGUUUUUGGUUAUCUCCAAAAUAUUAGGAACCAAUAUUAUUCCAACAGAUACUAGCUAAACUAAGGAUCGUCAAUGGCUUUACUUGGUCUAUGCAUUUAAUAGUCUAUAAAACAGUUGUAAACCGAAAUAUCUGGUAUUACAAAGUUGACAGAUUAGUAACAUGCUGUCGGAGAAAAACUUUACACUAAGAAUGCAGAUAAAAAUUGUCUGCAGUUACGGUUUAUUCUUUGAUUUACUUUAGAGAUUUAACACAAAGUUACAUGCAGGGUAAAUUAUGCCUAGUGCAUUAAACUUGUUGCGUAAUAUCACUGAAUUCUAAGAAGACGCGGACGGCCUUAUUGUGACACGUUUAGCAUUCAAAGUUUAUCCACAUGGCUAUUAACAGGUAUAUUCAUAUUUGAAAUUAGAUGUAUAAGGAAUAUGAUCAUAAUCAAUGUUUUUCAAUACAAGAGCCUAUUCCCAUGUUUCUUCCCAAUGUUAGUCUUAUUAUGUUAUCGUAGUACAAGGUAUAAUAUAGAUUUCGUGCAUUAUAUCUGUAAAAUAGUUUAUUGAGUUUUUCUUUUUUGAACUACAUAUAAUCGAUGUAUAUACUAUCUGCUCGAAGUGAUGAGGCUAAUUAGUUUGUUUAAUGUACACGCUCUCCAGGCGGAUCCACAAAAAGGUAUUUCACUGAGAUUCCCGAGGUUCGUUCGGAUUCGAGAUGACAAGAAGCCUGAAGACGCGACAACAGCCCGACAAGUAAUUUUUCUUUUGUUAACUAGUCUUCUUUUUGGGUUUUGAAGAUGAAUGACACAGUGACAGUGUAUUUUAGUGUCAUACUAUUUGUAGUUAUUGUAAAGGUCUUACGAAUAACAAGUAACGACCUGUUUACCGACUUGUUUUGCAUUUCUGACGAGUCGAAAAUCCAAUCAAAAUAUGCAUCUUCAGUCUUCGUAUUCGAAAAUACACAUUCAGUCGCUUCAGAAUCUCUAGAUUCUUAAAGCGUAAAAACACAUGGGCUUACUAUGUUAAUCAAUUAAGAAACUAUUUGGUCUCUAUGUACGAAAAACUGAAUACUUACAUGAUGCAAAACAUUUCGAGUAAAUUACGAAUUACAACUAAAUUAUAAAGCAAACAAUAUAAACUCAAAGUAAUGGUAAUAUGGAUUUACACAGUUAAACUGUAAAGUAAGAUUACUGGUUCCAAAUUUCAAAUUUAUGACAGUACUACAACGAUUUCCCUCAAUUCCUUCAAAGAGAUAACAAAACUGGUAAUCAGCUCCGACGCUAACAAUAGACAAUACGUUUGCUGUGUUAAGAUAACUGAUCAAUAAAGGAUUGCUUUGUUGUGUGGACAAAAACUAGACAGUUGUCUUCUAUUACCUACCAUGUUUGUAUAAGUACCUUAAUAAACACCUACAUUUACCCACCUUUACAUUUGUAUUCCUUGUCGUUCAUAUUUCAUUUAAUUACCUCCAGGUUUAUGAACUUUAUCAAAGUCAAGAGCAGAUAAAGAAUCAGCAUGGCAAUAUACAAACAGGCAACAAUGAUGAUGAAGAUAUGUAUUGAAUUCAUAUUCUUUUUUAUAAACACAGGCACCACCUUAUAUAACAUUAGUUGUAAAAUAUUUUAUAUAAAAAUGAUAAAUUAAAAUAUAAAAUACAUCUAUUUGUGAACCCAUCACAA